AUGUACUCGCAGAAUCAUCAGCAGGGCCAUAGCGCCCGGCUGAAUGGUGCUGGCAGAGGAUUGCCCGGCAUGCUUUACAACUACCAGCAUGCGCAGCACCAACAUCCCUCACAGGCUCAGCACCAUCAAGGCAUGCAACAUGAACACGGCCUGCCAAGCUCCAACGGCCUCGGACAUCACUCCUCCUUUCCUUCCGGUCUUCUCUCCUCGGCUCAGUUCAGCUCUGGCUUACAGAAUGGACACUCUUCCGCCUCCCGCGCAGGGCCUGUACCGCAGAACGAAAUGUGGGCGGAGCAGCUGCGGUUGCAUAAGGAGUCUGAACGCGCUCACUCUGCCAUGACGGACCAGCAACAACCCCAUUACUACGCACGACUAAAAGCGUCCGAGAACAAGGGGAUAGGUGGCCCGCCACCGUCCAGUGGUCAAGCCGAAGCCGACUGCGACGAUGCGGAUAGACGCCGACCGUGGGAUGCCAGCAGAGAGAUGAACCGACAGGAUUGGCACAACAUGGACAUGAGCGGCCAAGGCCUCCGCAACCUCGCUCCAGCGCUGUUCCGCUACCAAUUCUUGGGAGAGCUCUAUAUCGCCUCAAACAAGCUCUCCAGACUACCGAAACAAAUAGGUGACCUUCGCCAACUGAAGCACUUGGACGUUUCUUACAACCAGUUGACCGAGAUUCCACCGGAGCUCGGCAUGUGCACAUUUCUGAAGCAGCUGUUGCUAUUCAACAACAACAUCCAAGAACUGCCGUACGAAUUGGGCUCCCUACACAUGCUGGAUGUGCUGGGAAUUGAGGGCAACCCACUAGAGUCCAGUGUCAAGUCGGAGAUCAUGGAGAAGGGCACAAGGAGCCUAAUUACUGCCUUCAGAGAAAACGCACCAGUACCCCCCGAACCCGAGCCUCGCAAGUCAAUCGUUCUUCAAGAGGACGUUUCGCCAAAUCUCGAGAGAGUCAAAGUUUUCUCUUGGAACAUUCUUUGUGAAAAGUAUGCCACGGCUCAGCUCUAUGGCUAUACACCGACCAGGGCACUGAAAUGGGAGUACCGGCUCGAGUGCAUUUUGAAGGAAAUACGCUACCGUGAUGCCGACUUUGUGACUCUGCAAGAAGUAUCUGGGGAAGCGUAUAGAGAUGAGCUGGCCCCCAAACUGAUCAAAGACGGCUAUCGAGGUAUAUACUGGCCCAAAACACGCGUGAGGACCAUGCCCGAGAAGGAUGCCCUGCAGGUCGAUGGAUGCGCCAUCUUUUUCAAGCAGAGCAAGUGGUUUAUGAUUGCCAAGGAGUGUAUCGAGUUUAACUCGAUCGCCAUCAACCGCGCCGACAUGAAUAAGGAGCACGAUGUCUUCAACCGAGUCAUGCCCAAAGACAAUAUUGCCAUUGUUGCGUUCUUCGAAUCUCGCGAGACAGGAGCCCGGAUCAUUGUUUCAAAUGUCCAUCUCACGUGGGAAACAACCUUGGCCGAUGUCAAGGCUAUCCAGACUGCUAUAUUGAUGGAGCAAAUUACCAAGUUGGCAGAGCUUUGGGCGAAACUGGGACCAGCCCAGGAGAAGGACAAGAGGUUGAUUGUUGCGCCUGGCGAGGAGAGUAAACCACCUCCUCCCAAGUCGGUCCCCAGCCAGGAAUACCGCUGCAAUACCGAGCUUCCUCUCAUUGUAUGCGGCGAUUUCAACUCGACAGAAGACUCGUCUGUCUUUGAGAUCAUGUCCAAGGGCCGCGUGGCUCCUGAUCACCCAGAGUUGAUCGACCACCAAUACGGAAGCUUCACUCGCGACGGUAUCGAACAUCCUUUCAGCCUGCGAGAUGCAUACGGCGCUACGAAAGGAACUGCCGACGAGAUGCCAUUCACGAACUAUACACCUGGUUUCACCGGCGUCAUCGAUUACAUCUGGUACUCGAACAACGCUCUGGAGGCUGUCGAAGUUCUCGGUGCUAUGGACAACGCGGAUCUUAAGCGGAUCCCGGCAUUUCCCAACUGGUGGUUCCCCGCUGACCAUAUUCAAAUUAUGGCCGAAUUCGCCUUCAAGGCCCGCAAGGAGAAGAAGCAGAGCAUACAGGAUCGUGAGCACAGCCUCAGCGGCAGCUCACGGCGCGGUUGA